AUGGUCAGUGGUUUCAUGUCAGCUCAGACRAAAAUCCAGCUGAUUGUUGUUCAUGGGUUUUGUCCUUCAUAUCUUAUGAAGUCAGCUAUUUACUGGAAAGGACCUGCGUUUUUAGCAACAUCAGUUGAAAGUAGGCCAAAGGAUGCCGUGAAUCUAGCUUUAGAUCAGCUACCGGAAGACAAGCAGGUGUGUUUGCUGACACAAGUUCAAUCUGCCUCUGAAUGGUUUGCUCGAUUUUCUUCGUUUGAUAACAUGAUUCGAGUAGUAGCUCGACUACGUUGUUUCGUGUUCAGAUGUCAAAAAAAGGAGGUCCAUUCUGGUUUUAUGCAACAGUCGGAGUUAGAUGCUGCCUUGAUUGCUGUUGUCAAAUAUGCACAGUGGUCUAUAAUCGAAUUGGUCGAUUGCUUAACCAAGGAUGAAGAGAUCAAACAUAGGUCGCUGGCUCGUCUUUCCCCUUUCAUAGACUCUGUUGGAGUAAUYCGUGUAGGAGGUCGGCUUAAUAAUUCUAGUUUGUCUCGGCGUAGAGUUCAUCCUAUGUUGAUACUCAAAGAAUUGCACAUUGCAAUGCUCAUUUCUGGACACUGGCAUCGUUAUACCUGUCAUGCUAGUCCUCGGUUACUUACGGCAAUAAUAUCGAGACGAUUCUGGAUCGUUAACAUUCGUCUGAUUGUUCAUCGCGUGAUCCGAAAAUGUACAGUYUGCGUGCGAGUAGCAACAGUCCACCCUCAACCUCCGAUGGGAGAUCCGCCAGGGUUCCGAGUUCAGGAAGCUCAUCCGUUUUCUGUUGUGGGCGUUGACUAUGCGGGACCUCUGCAGAUGAAGGAGCUAAGUAUCCGUAAGACUCAUAUAUGUAAAGUAUAUAUAGUUGUUUUUAUGUGUAUGACUACCAAAGCGGUACAUUUGGAGUCAGUUACUGCUCUGUCGACAGAUGCGUUUUUUUUGACGUUGGAUAGGUUCGUUGCUCGUCGCGGCCUACCUUCGUCAAUAUACUCGGACUAUGGCCCUAAUUUUGUUGGUGCAGCAAAACAGUUACGUCGGUUGAUCAACCACCCAGACCAAAGAGAUAAGAUCUCAGGUCAUUUGUCGUGCGAAUGGCAUUUCAAUCCCGCUGGUGCUCCCAAUUUUGGUGGGAUUUGGGAWGCAGCCGUGAAGUCAGCUAAGUCGUUGCUUUUACGUACGAUUACGUCUCAUAUUAGGACGUUAGAAGAGUUUUCUACUGUGCUGUGUAGGGUAGAAGCUGCUUUAAAUUCUCAUCCGCUUGUUCCUGCUUCUUCUGAUCCGAAUGACCUGGAAUGUUUGACUCCGGGCCACUUCCUGAUUGGUCCGUUAUUAGCGAUACCAGAUUCGGAGAGUCCUGAUUCGCAAAAGGAAAAAAAUGUUUGGUCUCAUAGUGGUUUUGUUAAUUUAAAUAAUUUAACAAAUGGUAUUCAAAAACAUGAACGAUCUCAAACACAUAUUUUUUCUGUUUUAAAAUUAAAAAUGUUUGGAAAAUCUAGAAUUGAUUUGCAGCUUGAUGAACAAAGACGUUCAGACKUAWUACGUCAUAAUGAAUUGUUAAAAAAAAAUAGAGACGUUUUAAAACGUUUUAUUGAUUGUGUUUGUUUUUUGGCGAUCCACGAAUUACCAUUUCGUGGUCACAAUCAAAGAGUUAAUUCUUUCAAUCAGGGAAAUUUCUUCGGUUGUUUAAAUGUAUUAUCAUCUUAUGAUUCUAUUUUAAACGUGCAUUUAGAAACAUCAAAAAUAUUUCGUGGUACAUCCAAUUGA